ACACCCACGGACCAUCCAGAACACCCUAGCUGGCUCAUUCAAAGUGCCUGCCCUGCAGCUGGCACCUCUAACGGAUCCCAAACGGCCAGCCUGGAUGUGUAGCUUUGCAAUCUGUCAUGCGGCUGUCUUCCAUCGAACGAAACAGCGGAGUGCGCUUGAUUGUGCUAUCAAAAUCGCAUACGAGUCGCUACACGGCAUGUCUCCGAGUGAUUAUAUGCUCCCGCGGGUCUUGGACAAUUUGGCAACCUGGAGAGGAAUGGCCUAGAAUAUGCUGGGAGACCGUCAUAGACCGUGCCAUGUCCCCAUACACAUUAUCUGUAAGAGCGCUUAUUCGCAGCCGUCAAUCAAGCUCCGACGGAACAACCGACGUUCCCAGCCAAUCCGCAUUUGAUAGGGCUCUGGUAAUCUCUAUGCCUGAAACCCCAAAUCAGACCCCUCUUCCCUUCGCUGCUGAGGAAGCUGCGGUGGUAAAGUCACUGUGCGACCUAAUGAAUCUCACUAUGCGCAGCAUUUCUUUCACACUUAGAUUAAAGCGAAUCCCCAUUCUACGAGCCGGAUUCUGGAGGUAUACCAUGCAUGGCGAGAGUACGACGGCACGGUUUACAUUGUUAUGGAAUGUAUACACAUCGAUGAGAAGACAACCGUGACAGACGAACAGAGAGCUCAAGCCAUCACGGAGAUAUUCAGAAUCCCGCCGCCUCCUGGUGUUUUCGGGAGUUUUAAUAAUGACUG